CUAAUCAGUGUUCAUUUCACCUAAUCACAUCCUUAUUAAGCCUAAACUGUCACCUCCUCCAUACCUUUCCCAUCCACAUAUAUUAAUAUAUACACAAGUAUAUAUAAAUAUGUACCAGGUAUGAGCACUUAGACAUGUAAACAUGGAGCAUAUGGAAGUGGAUAUGGAGCAUAUGAUGAACUUCGUCUUCUCCGGCUGUAGUUCCGCUAGCUCUACCACAACCCUCGGCGACGUCAACUGGGUAGACUGGUCUCCGGCCAUCGAUUGGGGCUGUCUCUCCGUAGACGACGACUUUAGCGGUCUUCUCGAGCACUACGGCCUCCCCUGCACGCCGGCGGCCAAUGAUUGGUCAACCAACGUCAGCCCCGCCAGCACUAACUGUCCCGGCACGCCGGUGGAGGACUUGUUGCCUCUCCCGGCGGCGGAAUCCUCACGCGACGACGAUAAGGGCCUCCGCCUCGUCCACCUCCUCAUGGCCGCGGCGGAGGCCCUCACCGGAGCUAAUAAAUGCGGUGACUUGGCUCGAGUGAUAUUGAUUCGGCUCAGAGAGUUGCUCUCCCAUGGUGGAGCGACCAACAUAGAACGCCUAGCAGAGCAUUUUACAGACGCGCUCCAGCGCUUGCUCGACGGCGUUGGCAGGCACGAUGAUCUGCCGCCCAACCCCGGCGAAGUCAUCGAGGCCUUCCAGUUACUUCAGGACAUGUCUCCGUAUGUCAAAUUUGGGCAUUUUACGGCCAAUCAGGCGAUUCUAGAGGCCGUCGCCGGCGAGCGACGAGUUCACAUCGUUGAUUAUGAUAUCAUGGAGGGAGUGCAGUGGGCUUCGUUGAUCCAGGCUAUGGUUUCUCAGCAGGAA